AGUUGUUAGUCUUGAUCAGUCAUUGCCAAUCCACGCCGCCGGCUCACCGACACAAUCACCCUACAAUUGAAAGGAUGUUGUUUUGUUUCGUUCUCUAUAGAAACCGGCCGCGUUCGCGGAUAUUAAAGAAUUAUAGUGUUUGAAAAAAAAAAAAAACGUAGCAUGUAGCAACGUAAUCGAGAAAUUGUUAAUUUUUACUAGUUUCGUGCGUGCCAAAUGUGAUUUUUUAAACAAAACUCUAUCACUAUUGAGUGUUGGACUAGAAUUUUUGACAUUCAUGAAAAUGACAAGUACUUUAACUUGUUAUUUAUUUGUGUACUAAAAAACAAUAAGUUAAAAAAUAUUUAAAUCAUUAAAUUCGUUUUUCGGGAAACUAAAAAGGGAAUAGGUUUUUAAUUUUCUCAAUGUUCUUCUUUAACAUUCAGUCAAGACAGUGUUUUCUUUUUUAAAUCUUAACGUAAUCAACUUAAGAUUUAAAUUCACUAUUUCCCAAAUUAUUAUGCGUGUUGUGUUCUAAUGAUUUAUCUCAAGGAGAAAUUUCUUCACAUCGUCGAACUAAAUAUUGAAUUAAUUUAAUUAAAUAUUAAGGUCAAAUUCUUGAUAAAUUUAAACUAAGAAUUUAGCGUAUCCAUAAAAUUAAAAUGGAACAAAUAAAAUAUACUGAACUAGAUGAUGUAUUAAGUAAAUUCAGCAUCUUCGGUCGUUACCACAUCGAAUUGCUACUCUACUUAGCAUUUGCCUACGCAUCGAAUUCGAUGUAUUGCUCCAAUUACAUAUUUGCGGCAGAAAAAAUAGAGUACAGGUGCACAGAUCCAUUAUACAACAGCUCGUCUGAAAGAAACACAAGUAGAUGCUUAGAAUGGUCCUACGAAGAUCCUCAUUCGUUUGUGGCAGAAUUUCAGAUUGGCGAUCAAGAAUGGAAACGUACGCUGGUUGGAACAGCACACAGUUUCGGCUAUAUGAUCGGUCUACUGCUCAUAGGACCCAUAUCUGACAGGUUAGGGAGAAAGAAAGCUAUAGUUAUAACGGGAGUUCUUGGCGGUGUUUUCGGGUUAACCAAAAGCUUCACGUCAUGGUAUUGGGUCUACAUUGCACUGGAAUUUCUUGAAUCAGCUCUAGGAGAUAUAUGCUCUCCGCUUUAUAUUCUCAAUAUUGAAAUUGUAUCUACGAAGCGACGAGUCUCUUACUACCUACUGUGCAGCCUCGGAUACAUUUUGGGCAGUAUAAUAUUACCAUUAACAGCUUGGGCGGUGCCAUACUGGAGAAACUAUCUCCGCGCCAUAUACACACCGGCAUUCCUAUUCUUCUUUUACACGUAUUUAAUAGACGAAAGCCCGCGAUGGCUUCUCAUCAAAGGAAAAAAGGAUAAAGCAAUAACAAUACUGAAGAACGCGGCGAUUAAAAAUAAAAUAGAGUUCGGUAAAGGGGUCUUGGAAGAUCUGCAUACUGAGGACCAAAAAGGGAUUGGUUUUUUCAAUCUCCUGAGAUUGACGUUCACUUCGCCGACGAUGCUAAGAAGAUGCGUUAUCUGCAUUAUAUGGUGGGGCACAUGCACAUUCGUGAAUUACGGUUUGAUCAUAAACUCGGUCUCAUUAGAAGGAAACAAAUAUGUAAACUUUAUACUGAUGUCGGUACUAGACAUCCCUGGUAAUUUCGUGAUUAUGUACAUAUUACUGUACUACAAGAGGAAAUAUCCACUUAUUGUGACGUUUUUACUUGGAGGCGUCUUGUGUAUGGUGCAGCCCUUUUUGCCUACAGAUCUUCCAUGGUUAUCGUUGAUAGUGUACAUAACAGGAAAGCUGAUGUCUUCAUUUUACUUCAGUAUCACGUAUAUGUACACCUCAGAGCUGUUCCCGACGUACACCAGGAAUUCUAUGCACGCUCUGUGCUCGUCUUUGGGAAGAAUCGGUUCUAUUAUUGCACCGCAGACCCCUCUGCUGAUGGCAUACUGGCGGGGUCUGCCAUCAAUGAUCUUCGGCAUCUCAGCGGUACUGGCUGGCCUAGUCACAUUCCUAGUGCCGGACACCGCAGACGACUCUCUCCCGGACACAGUAAGACAAGCCGAGGACAUCGGGAAAACAAAGAACGUUAAAAAUAUUGAGUUUACAUGAACUCAGUAUAUAGUAGAAUAAUUAGACAACGACGACCUAAAAGCGACGGCAUAUCUUAGUCUAUAAUAGCUAACGAUAAAUACAGUCGAAUAAUGUUAACCAAAUGAAAGUCAAUUCUGUACAAAAAGUUUUAAUUGAUUUCUAGAGAAAGAAGCACUAUGCUAAAUAAAUACAUUAGCGCGGAUCUUCUCAGCGGG